AUGCUUUUCCAACUUAUGGCCACAACUCUUGUGUUGAGUGUACAGCAUGUCGUUGCGCUGACCAACUCCUCCCACCUGCCAGAACAGCUCUUUCUAGAUAUCCCCAUCUAUGAUGUUCUUCAAAAUACAUCCAUGUUACCAUUAAUCGAGCCUUGGUCUAGCCAAUACGUUGAAGCUAUUCAAAGCAAGAGAUAUGGUGAUGCGAUAUGGGCAAGAUUCCACAUGGAGGGAGGCGUCCAGGAAGGCAUCACCCAAGAUACCAAUGAAACCAUUUGGGACAUCAUCAAGGGAGAUGCAGCUGGCUACAAGGUCAAUGCUCCUGUUCAAUACGCUGAAGCUGUUGCAUUCUACGCGAAAACCAGUGGUGAAGACACCCACUUGGAUCUCAUCAAAGCUGUUGUGGAUGCGACUUCGGACGAGGACCUUACCAAACGUGCUACGUUCAAGAUAAAUUGCGACGCCAACAACUAUCUCGCGUUCCAGUCAGACUGCCAGCAGCUCAUCAGCAACAUGCUGAGGAGCAAGAUAAACAUAGGAGACACAAGGCUUGCGGCCAUUCAUGGUGGUUGCAGACUGAGGGUUGGACCUUACCAUUCUGCUCCGGAUGUCACGUAUAACACAGCACAUGCGGUAGCUAUUCUGAUUGAAGAAAAAUGCGUGACGAGGAUUGGAUGUUGCCGGUUCGUGUCGGGGUCUUCGCCAAGGAAUGGAGGACACCGAAAGGUCUGUUUGAGCUCGAAGCGGAGCGGAUGUCGAUGA